AUGGCCCUGCUCUCUUGGGCCCUGAAACUCUCUAGUUCUUGUUCUUUUUCUUCAUGCUUUUAUUUAAAAAAAAAUUUUUUUUUAACUUCCUCAUUGCUUAGAAUUGAGGAGGAGCAGGAAGUAACUGUCUUCCGUGAAGUGGUCAGUUUUACUGCGGACCCUUUGCCAGCUAGAUAUUAUGACAAGGACACCACCAAACCCAUCAGUUUUUACUUCUCUUCACUGGAGGAACUCCUGGCGUGGACGCCCGACGUGGAGGACAGCUUCAACGUGGCCUUGGAGCCCUCCGAGUGUCGGCAGCCCCCCCUGAGCAGUCAGAGGCCCCGGACCUUGCUGUGCCAUGACAUGAUGGGCGGGUAUCUGGAUGACAAGUUUAUUCAGGGCUCGGCGGCACGCAGCCCCUACUGCUUCUACCACUGGCAGUCCGUCGACAUCUUCGUGUACUUCAGCCACCACGCCGUGACCAUCCCCCCCGUGGGCUGGACCAACGCUGCCCAUCGGCAUGGGGUCUGCGUGCUGGGGACUUUCAUCACCGAGUGGAAAGAAGGUGGGAGGCUCUGUGAAGCCUUUCUGGCCGGGGACGAGAGCUCGUUCCGAGCUGUGGCUGAUCAGCUGGUCCUCAUCGCCCAGUUUUUCCGUUUCGAUGGCUGGCUGAUCAACAUCGAGAACUCUCUGAGUCCGGCCGCGGUGGGGAACAUGCCCCAUUUCCUCCGGUACCUGACCGCCCAGCUCCAUCAGCGGGUGCCGGGGGGCGUGGUGCUGUGGUACGACAGUGUGGUGAGCAGCGGGCAGCUCAAGUGGCAGGACGAACUCAACCAGCACAACUGGGUCUUCUUCGACUCCUGUGACGGCUUCUUCACCAACUAUAACUGGCGGGAGGAGCACCUGCAGCGGAUGCUGGGGCAGGCCGGGGAGCGCCGCGCCGACGUGUACGUGGGGGUGGACGUGUUCGCCCGGGGCAAUGUCGUCGGAGGCCAGUUCCACACGCACAAGUCGCUGGAGCUGAUCCGGAAGCACGGAUUCUCGGCGGCUCUCUUCGCCCCAGGCUGGGUGUACGAGUGUUUGGAGAAGAAGGAUUUCUUCCAGAACCAGGACAAGUUCUGGGCUUUGUUGGAACGCUACCUACCCACACACAGCAUCUGCUCUUUGCCCUUUGUCACUUCUUUCUGCCUGGGCAUGGGGACGCGGAGAGUGUGCUAUGGCCAGGAGGAGGCGGUGGGGCCCUGGUACCACCCAAGCGCCCAGGAAAUCCAGCCCCUGUUUGCAGAGCACAGGCGGGAAGCGGACGGGCAGGGCUGGGUGAAGACGCACUGUUGCCUGGCGGACGCCUGGAAUGGGGGCAGCUCCCUGCUGAUCAGCGGGGAGAUUCCGCCCGAGGUCGGACAUGUGGCUGUGAGGUUAUUCUCUCUGCAGAUCCCCGUGCCUCCCAAAGUUUUCCUGUCCUUGGUAUAUAAGCUAGAAGGGCCUUCGGAUGUUGAGGUGGCAUUGGAGAUCACCACAGGGGACGUGGGCAGCUGCCACGUUGGUGACAUCUGGACGUUGAAUGCAGAAACAAGCUCAAGGCACAGUCCCCGACCCCUCCGGGUGCCCCCCACCAAGCUGGCCAGGUGGGUGGGCCACUGCGGCCAACAGCUCCGUGGGGGCUGGGUCCAGCGCUGCUAUGAGGUCAACCUGCGGGGCUGCGUCCUGCGAGACCUCCUCGUUAGCUUCGCACGGCCUCCCGGUGGCCGGGAGGAGGCGAGCUUUGUCUGCCGCCUCGGGGAGAUCCAGGUGGUGGAUGCCAAGAGCCUGCUCGCCCCUCUGCCCCGGGUGCAGGCCGUCACUGUGUCCCGCGUGCGCUGGCAGCGGGCCGCGCCUGAGGAGGAGGGCCCCCCUGCCCGGCUGUUGCUCGGCUGCACUCUGCACUGGACCUACCUCCUCUCCCCCGUCCGAUGCUUCCGGGUCCACUGCCGCACGGGGACCGGCGGUGGCUCUCCUGGUGGGGGGCCGCCGGGGCCGGAGAAGCCCACACUCCUGGGCCUGGCCUUCGUCAACCAGUAUCGGAUAGCGGAGCUGCUGGUGGCAGCCGCAGGGCCCAGUGGGGACGGCCGUGUGGAGUUCCUGGUGGAGCCCGUCCCCAAGGAGGGGUUUCUGGUGCCGCAGGCCGAGUGGGGCAGGGCGGCUCUGCUCUACUCCAUGCCCCACACGUGAGCAAGCAUUAAAGCAUGGAAUCCCCCCA